AUGCGUGUCAUAGCUCUAUUCCCUCUGGCGUGUGCCAUAGUGGGAUUCAUCCUCUCUCUGUUAGCUCUACUCGCAGGUAGCGAGAAGAGUUUCAUGGAGGACUACCAUAUCAUCACACUCAACACGUCUACCUUGGGCCACAACGUCUUCGGCUCCGACUCCGAUGCCACACCAACUUCCACAUCCGCUUCUGCUACGGCGUCGGCGACAUCUACUGUGGGCAGAAUUGGAAACUUCAUCACUGGCGUCACGGACAAUGUCACGGAUAGGGUCGAAGACGAGUUCAACGAGUUGGUGGCAGACGUCGCCAACAAUUUGGCGGCGGAGCUUGGUAUUAACCAGUGGUACAGCUUGCACAUGUUGAAUUGGUGCCAGGGGAAUUACAAGCCGAAUGCUACGGCUGAGGGCGCAUCCAAGAAUAUUACCUCGUGCACUAAUCGAACUGCGUUCCUCUCCGAUAUCAACUGGCCCGAUGAUAUCAACAGGGGCUUGGACGCUUUGAACGCAGCUUUUAAUGCAGUCUUCAUCUUAUACGCCAUCGGGAUCGCAGCUGCCGGGCUGGCCAUUAUUGGCUCCGCUGCAGCCUUCUUCCUGGAAGACUCACGCCUGAUAUCCUUCGGUAACUGCGGCCUCGCGUCACUAAGCUUUUCCGCCCUAUGCAUAACCUCAUCGCUCGUCACAUACGUGCAAACGAAAGCCGUGAACAUCAUCAACAAGUACGGCAAUGCUGUCGGGGCCUACGCAGACAGAGGUGGGAAAUACAUGGCUAUCACCUGGGUCGCUGUUGUUGUCAUGUUUUUGGCAGCGAUAACUUGGGUGGUGGAUUUCUUCAUUGGAAGGAGGAAUCAGACGCGCGAGUAUACUGAGAAGCCGCAUACCCGUAGAAUAUGGGGACGUAGUCGCCAUAGCGAUGAGGCGCAGUUGAGGAGAGCAGGUGUUUAA